AUGAAAUUCGCAAAAGAACUAGAAGAGGACGCUGUUCCGGAAUGGAGAGUCAAGUACCUCAAUUACAAGGCUGGCAAAAAGAAAAUCAAGGCAGUCUCUCGAGCCCUCAAAGCCGUCAACAGAACACCCGCCACUCCGGCUCGACCUCCUCUUCUCCCCGAAAACUCAUCCGAACGAGUGCCCUUCACCCAUUACGACUUCACCACCAAUAGAAGACCCGUCACCGGUGACACCUUUGCCACUAUUCCGGAGCAAGACCAAGAAGACACGUCGGGAGAUGGCGACAGACCAGUCGCCGAUCGACAGGAAAGUCGAACUUUGUUUGCCCAGUCUCCCCCAAUCCUGAUACAGGGAGGUCUGGACAACGGCGAGCGCAGUACCCGGUCCUCCCCUGAAAGACAGCCCUUGGAACAUGCUCAAAGUGAUGGCCAUGGCACCCCGAGUCGCCCCAUGAAUUAUGGAAGCAUCGCUGGCUCACCUCCACAAGACGAAACUCCAGGCGAGUUCGACCUUUUAGAGUUGCCCGAUCCCGCCCUCAGUCCGGCUCAAAGUCGAAAGACCAAAAAUGAUGACUCGGCUCAAAUUGUCCCUCGCCGGCCCGAAAGUGCCCAGCUUCCUGGCACAUCAGAUUCGUAUCAUGAUGACCAGCCCCGUCCUCCACCUAAGAAGCGCGAUAACCUGGCAAAGCAAAUCUUCAAAAACCGCGGCCAGACUAAGAGUACUUCCGCCUCUGGUGCCACCUCUCACACCUUUCCCCGGUCAAGACUCAGGAGAAUCUUCACGGCACAUCGAUUAGAGUCCCCAACAAUCACCGAUUCUCAGCUGAACGCUUAUAAAGAGCUCGACACCAGGCAGGGCGAGUUCUUUGCCUUCCUCGACAGUGAGUUGGUCAAGAUCGAAGCCUUUUACAAGUCGAAAGAAGAAGAAGCCUCGGAAAGACUUCAGGUCCUUCGUCACCAGUUGCAUGAAAUGAGAGAUCGACGUAUUGCAGAUAUUCAACGCGCCAAGCAAUCUCGUCAUGCCCCAAAUGAAGCCCUCCUCGACGGCAUCAUUCCUGCAUCUGCCUUCCCAAACGCCCCUCUCAAAUCUACCGCCCAGCCCAAUGGCUCAGGCCCCGACCAUAAAAGAAAGCACCUUGGUGACACCUUCUCCCUCGGCAACACCAUAGGCAAAACAUCCACCGCCAUGAUCGGCCAGAGUUCCCCUCCAGACCCCCGAGCGCGCGCGAGGAUUGAAAAUGCUGGCCAGGACUAUGUCAGACACAAAAACGCCAAUUCCGUCUCAUACCACACAGCCAAAUCUAAACUAAAAUCUGCCUUGCAGGAAUUCUACCGCGCGCUCGAGUUGCUCAAGUCAUACGCCAUCUUAAAUCGUACGGGUUUUAGAAAGAUUAACAAAAAGUACGAUAAAGCCGUCCAGGCUCGACCUCCUCUCCGAUACAUGGCCGAAAAGGUCAACACGGCUUAUUUCGUCCAAAGCGACGUUGUUGACAACUACCUCAUCGCUGUCGAAGAUCUCUACGCUCGAUACUUUGAACGUGGAAAUCACAAAAUCGCUGUCCGCAAGCUCCGUUCCCGAUUGACCAAUGGCGAUCAGUCUGCCACUACCUUUCGUAAUGGGCUCUAUGUCGCCUCCGGUUCUUGUUUCGCUAUUGCUGGUCUUGUCGACGCCUGCGAUCGCCUCUUUGGCUCAGACCCAGUCAUGGCCCUCCAAACCAGUUACCUGUUGCAGCUUUAUGCGGGCUACUUCCUUGCGGUCUUGUUGUUCCUUAUCUUCGUGCUCGACUGUGGAAUAUGGUCAAAGGCACAUGUCAAUUACGUCUUUGUGUUCGAAUAUGAUACCCGACAUGUUCUCGACUGGAGAUCCUUGGCCGAGCUACCCUGCUUUUUUCUCUUCUUGAAUGGCAUCUUCAUUUACCUCAACUUUCGACAGACCACAGAAAACACCUUUUUUCUGUUUUGGCCCGUGUUAUUGGUUGCCAUCACCCUGGUAAUCAUGGCAUUGCCCUUCAAGGUCAUCUAUCCCCAUGCGCGAAAGUGGUGGGGAUACUCGAACUGGCGACUCCUGUUUGCUGGACUUUAUCCCGUCGAGUUCCGUGACUUCUUCCUGGGCGACAUGUACUGUUCACAGACAUACGCCAUGGGACAGAUCGAGGUCUUCUUCUGCCUCUACGCCAACAACUGGGUUAAUCCAAGCAGAUGUAAUUCCAACCACUCAAGGCUGCUAGGCUUCUUUGCGGCUCUCCCAGCAGUUUGGCGCUCCUUCCAGUGCCUCCGCCGUUACUACGACUCGAAGAAUUGGUUCCCUCACCUGGCCAACUUUGCCAAAUACUGCUGCAACAUUCUCUAUUACAUGACCUUGUCCAUUUAUCGAAUCGACAAGACGCCGCAGACGAGAGCAGCCUUCAUCGUCUUCGCAACAAUAAACGGCAUAUAUACAUCCUUUUGGGACGUGUUCAUGGACUUCUCGCUUGGGAAUCCAUGGGCCAAACAUCCAUUCUUACGAGAUCAGCUGGCCUACAAGAAAGUCUGGGUCUACUACUUUGCCAUGAUUGCUGAUGUUGUUCUCCGACAGCAGUGGAUCUUCUUUGCCAUUUUCACAGCCGACGUUCAACAUUCAGCCAUCAUGUCAUUUUUCGUCAGUCUUGCCGAAGUCCUACGCCGAGGAAUGUGGAGCUUAUUCCGGGUCGAAAAUGAACAUUGUAAUAAUGUGGGCAAAUUUCGGGCUUCCAGAGACAUGCAGCUUCCAUACGACAUUCCCACUUCCCCCGAAUACGGCAGUAAGAAAGUGACUGCACAGGCCGAUGUGGAUACAUCCGCUUCGGGCACACUUCUAUCCGGUAUCACGACGGAUGUGUCGACGUCCGCGGAAGCGCCUCACGCCACCGGUGUCGAUCUCGAGCAGCAAGUUACCUCGUCGCCGUCGCUACGUCAACGCCACAUGUCGCAAGACCCUUCGCCGCGCACUCCCGGCAUGCGCGCCCUGGCCCGAGUCGGCACUGUCAUUGCAGCAGCUCACGCACAGGACUUUGAGAAACGAAGACGACCCGAACUCGAAUCUCAGUCCGAACACGACCCUUCUGGCAUGGGCGCCAUGGGUAUGCGCCCUACUGGGGAAAGUAGUGACGAGGACGAAGAUGACGAUGAUGUUGAUUACGAUGAGAACGCUAGCGAGGCAAUUGAGGGGAGCAGGUCGGAAGACGAGGAUGAUGCUCCACAAGCCAAUCCACACGUCCGUCGUGCGAGAAACGCCAUGGAGUAGAUACAUCAGCAGCACAUAUCGACCUGUGAGUACGUGCAGGUGGAAGUUGGCAGUUGGCAAUUGGCAUAGUAGACUCGGACAGGGUUUGGGGGGAUAAUUGGUUCGAUAGAGAAUACACUUCGAGGCAGG